UCCAGUACCACACAAAGAAGAGAAUGAAGAGGUUUAGUAACAUGUAGUUCAGCCUAAUCCGCACUGGUAUCUAACUCUAGGAUUUCGAAGCUGAGGAAGUAUGUAAAAGACAAAAUCAGGUGAAAUCAUUCGAAAGGGAAGGUACUGGCCUGUCUAUUAGAAGCAAACACAAAAGGAUAUAUUCUAAAUAAGAGUGUUUCCCUAAAAAAUUGCCCAUGGAUUUUUCUAACCAAGAUUAUGUAUUUGUGUCAUCUUCUUUUUGAGGAGUGGAUUACGUGAAUUCUAAUUGGAUAUCGAGAUCUCUUGUAAUGACGUCACCAUGUCGGAGAAGAAGUCUCCACCAAGGAAGGAGAAACCACCGACCGUGAGGACACCGGCGAAGCCGGAGCAGAAACAAUUGAAAAGGAAGCUGUUCUCCGGUUCAGGGCCUGAUGAAGAAGAAAAAAAAGGUUGCAGCACUCCGAAGCGCAAGAGGUCGAUAGCCAGCGAGAGCUCGCCGAACCCUGCAGUGUCCACCUCCAAGACACCCGGGACGAUCAACUGGGUGACAGCGCCACUCUCUGAAAGACAACAGAUGGCGCUGCUGAUGAAGAUGACGGCAGAAUCGCAACAACAGCAGAAUCAGCAGCAGCAGGUCACUCCCGGUGCAGACUCGAGCAUGUCACCGCGGCCAUCAUCGCCCACUACGCCAUUGAGCGCCAAGAAAACACCUCAGGAAAGGAAGGUGCACAAGCGCAACGAACGUGGUGAGACGGCACUUCAUAUAGCCGCCAUCAAGGGCGAUGCCAAGCAGACAAAGAGACUGAUCAAGGCGGGCGCUGACGUCAAUGUCAGAGAUUUCGCAGGCUGGACACCCCUCCACGAGGCAUGCAACCACGGCUGGUUGGAUGUGGCCAAGCAAUUACUUAAGGCUGGUGCUAAUGUCAACGUGCAGGGUCUUGAUAAUGAUACCCCGCUUCACGAUGCUUCAAUCAAUGGCCAUGGAAAGUUGGUUGAACUUCUCCUUCGUCACGGAGCCAAUCCUCUACAGCAGAAUACCAAGGGACAUUCGCCACUGGACGUUGCUGCUUCACCAACGAUAACGCAGCUCCUCAAGAAAGAGAUCAUCACAUCGAGUAGCGAGAGUUCCGGUCUGGAUGAGAUCCGGUCACCGACGUCUCCUGAGAGUAACCUCUCUGAUAGGGAUUUUGAUAAGGAGUUUGAUCAUAGAGAUAUCCUCAGAAACAGCCCAUCACCCGGUGCAAACAGUGGAGUACGUUCGCUCGACUCUCAAUUUCAAAACUUGCCACCACAGGAGCGACGACGAUCAUCUGCAGGUUCUGUAGGCUCACCACGAUUGACAUUAAAGUUCCAGCCUAUAAGAACUAAGGAAGAUGGUCAGGACUCGCGGGGUAAAUCCCGCAUAACAAAAGAUCAUCCAUUCAAAUCAUAUAGAGUAGUUGAUGAGGGUGAAAAUGAUAAACGUAUGCUGCCAGAUUCAAUGUCUAGUCCAGAGAACGAUUUCUUUGACCCGCGAAUAGACAAUUCUGCUUCAAGUGCUCACAAGUUCAUGGAUCUCUUACCGAGUUCUUCUUCGACAGACGAUAAAGGAUAUGGUAUCAGUAGCAGCACGGACACGAUGGUCACUUCAAGUCGUGGCCGUCUGUCACCAAGUUUUCAUAAAAUAAAAUUGGAUCAUCGCCCGUCUGCUUGCGUACACGACCAAAGUAAAAAUAAAGUUAAAAAAGAAAAAGAUCCAUAUGCAUUUGAGGAUAUUUCGGACGAAGAGGAAAAAGUGUCGAUUAAGUUACGGACUGAUCGGAAUAGCGAUCAUAAAAACGAUCGCUCAGAUAGAACUGAUCUUCAUCAUCAUCAUCCCCAUGCUCAUCAUCAGCAACAUCAUCACAUUCCAGAGUCUGUGCGUCUGUCCAACAGUCGUAUGGACAGGCAUAUAGAGCGCAUCGAUGACAAAAGGUUACAGGAUAAGCGGGAACGUUUUGAAGAGAAACGUGAUCGUUUGAACGCUGAAGAUAAGCGUGACCGUUUGCAUGCUGAUACCAAGCGCGACCGUUUACAUGUUGAGGAGAAGCGUGAACGCUUACACAUGGAAAAUAAGCGUGAACGUUUGUACCCGGAAGAAAAACGAGAUCGUUUACUGGGAAAUGAUAAACGUGAUCGUUUACACACAGAUGACAGGCGUGAUCAUUUACACUCGGAUGAAAAGCGUUUGCACUUUGAGGACAAGCGUGAUCGUUUGUACCCUGUGAAUAAAAGUGCUCCCCAAGAGGAAAAGCGGGAACGUUUCUUUGUUGAUAACAGGCGAUUACACCCAGAGGAUAGACAACCACAGGCAGACGAAAAACGGUUACUGGUCACCGAGAAACGUGAACCUGUUGAGGAUAAACGUGAUCAUUUUGACGAGAAACAGGAACGGUUAAACGUUGAGGUGAAAAAGGAGCAUUUUGAGAAUAAACGAGUUCCUCUUGAAGAAAAACGUGAUCGGAUAGAGAUAAAACAAGAACCUGUUGAGGUGAGUCGCGAGUGUCAGGUCGAAAAACCAAAUUGGUUGGAGCGAAAACGAGAGCUUUUUGAAGUGAAGCGUGAACCUGUCGAAGAUAGGAUUGAACGUCUGGAGGAUAAACGUGAGAAGUCUGAUGAAAAACGCAGUUCGUUUGAGGUGAAGCGGGAACAGUUUGAAAUAAAAAGUGAAUGUUCUGAGGAAAAACGAGAUAAAAGUGAUGAAAAACGUGAACGAUUUGAGGAUAGGAUUAGUUUUGAUUCUAUAGCACAGAAUCGGACAGUGUCACGUUCGCGCUCAAGAUCGCCAAUCUCUGAGCCCAAUCAAGGUUUUGACAGACUCAUCGCUAGUGGUCUUGACAGUAAACAUGUCUUUGAGAAUAAGUCUCGGUGGAAGGAAACCGAUUUAUUAGUGAGUUCGUCCGGUGAUCGUCCGCGCUGGAAGGAAUCUCAAAAAGUGUCAGAAGAUGUGACUGGUGCUGUGAUCACCACACAAGCUGUGAUCGACAAAGAAAAAUUAUCAUUAAGAUUAGACCGCGACAGGGAUAGUCGGUCUCCGAAAAGUGAUACAAGUAACAGAUCCUCUCCUAAGUCCUCCCCGAAAAGUGACAGAGAAAGUCGACUUUCUCCGAAAUCUGAAAAGGAGAGUCGGUCUUCUUCACCGAAGGUGCCUCCAUUAAAAAUCAUUAUUCCUCCAAAAACUCCUACAACGGAGGGCGAGGGACAUCAUUUGAAAAAAGUUUUACAGAAACCUGCCUUCCCUUAUGUGCUAAAUCCCACACAGGAGGCAGCCGAGGGGGGUUUGUUACCAAUGGAUACCACUCAGGGCAUCUUACCCGAGGAUUUCACAAAUUUGACUUUUAGCGAGACUGGAGUAGCUUCAAUCUUAGCAAAUGUUGCCAAGGAUGAAAAGUUGACUUCUGUCUUGCUGACAACCAACGAGAAAAUGUCUGAGGAGAAAGAUGUUCUAGAGAAUUCUAAUGCUAGUGUGACAAAAACCGAUUUGUCUAGUUCAGAUAAAGAUUCAGGGAAAGAGAAAGCUAAAGAUCCAAAGGAGUUACCGCAGCGGGAAAGUGCGCGGUUAAAGGAGAAGGAAUUGAAAGGGAAGGAAAAGGAUACAAAACCAAGGGAUAAAAACAAAGAUGGCGGCAAGAAGGAUACAGAAUCUGAAGCCGAAACAGGUGGUGUGGGGUCAUCAACGUCAAACGUGAGCUGUGCUUCCUCGAAUUCGUCUAAGAAAGACGAAGAGAAGGGGACAGAUGAGCAGGGCCAGGCACAGCCAACGGCUGCCAGUGGGCGCUGCUUAAGAUCUCAAACGAAACAUCAACAGAAACAACAGAAAGAUGUACCAGGCAGUGGCAAAGAUGGCAGUGAUUCCAAUUCGGCCAACGAGAAGGAUAAUGCUUCGAAGAAAUCUGACUCUGAGGAGAUGAACGUCCAUCCAAGAAAGCGCAAACUUCGCCAUCGCCAAAUUGAAAUGCCAGAAACGCCUGUGAUACCUCCGCCUCAACACUUUGAAAAGCCGGAAAAUCCUUUUGAAUUGUUUUUGGAGAUCAGAAAGCAGGUUGCUUCUCGACGAAAAACCAUGUUUGCUGUCCAACCUAAGGCCCCAAAUGGCUUCAAAGAUUACCUCAUGGUCAGCAAUAACUACAUCCUAGCUGGAAACCAGCAAAGCCGUCUCUCUGUGCCAAUGUUAACACCUCCCAAUUCUGUCCAGGGUCCAAUGCGUGACUUCUUCAUCUGCCAAGAGAAAGCACGCUAUCAACUCCGCCUCCAGCAUCUAAUUGAAAGGGAAAAACUGAUGCUUGCUAUCGAGCAGGAGAUACUGCGUGUUCACGGUCGAGCAGCAAGGGCGAUGGCCAAUCAGAGCAUGCCAUUCAGCGUGUGUACCGUGUUACGAGAUGAUGAGAUCUACAACACGCUCGAGAUAGAGGCGGCGGACGAGAAAGACAAGAACUCGCGUUCUCGAUACAAUGGCCGCCAGUUCAUUUCCUGGUUACAAGAUGUCGAUGAUAAAUACGAGAAAAUUAAGGAGCGUCUUUUACUGCGACAUCACCACGAGGCCGAGUCACUUUAUGCUGUACAGAAGAUGGAAUGGGAAUGGAAGACCAAGGAGCAACCUGGCACCAACGAGAUGAAGCAGACGUCAAAGGUCGAUGACGUCUGUGUGCCGAUGGUGAACGUUAACGAUGAGUUUGAUCUGCGGCCGACGUAGCAGAGGCUUAUUGUUCAGAUUCGUGUUGCUGGCGGUAGCGCUAUGAUGCAGAUGGGGCACUUCACUAGAUAAGGCUGACCCUGAGAAGUGAUGGCGUUUCAGCAGAGGGAGUGUGCAUAGAUGACUGGCAUACUGAAUGACAGCUUUUUGACAGACUGUGCGUGAAUUAUAUGUUUGUGGAGCACGAAUUCACAUGGACUAUUUUGUAAGGAUGUCAAAAACGGCAUCAUUGUACUGUGUUUGUGUUCACACUUUGGGCUGCUGUAAUCAAGGUGUAAAGGACAAAUAUGGUUGGAUUUGUGCAGUCACUGCAGAGAGGUGGCAGUAGGAUUUCCCGAAAUGACUUAAUACUGGCUAGACCUCACAGUUUAUGGUUCUGGCGCACAACCGUACUGGCAUAGCAGCAGGAUAUCCCAAGUAGACUUACUUUUUCUGCUGUUCAUUAGGUGGCCUAUUUCCACUCUUGCAUUACACUCGGACUAGGACUAAAUGUAGCAUAUCACUUUAGAUAUCUUGAACAGUUUCUCUCAGAUUUCCCAGCUACGUCUGUACAUUUGUGUUUAAAUCAAUUAUCCCCUCACCAAAAAUGAUAUAAAUUGUGCUAAUUCUUUUUCCCGUUAACGUGAGUGGAUACAGAUUCCUUGACCCUAUCCUGGCCACAAGGCAAGCACACCAUCUAGCAAGCAAUAUGCAGAUAGUACACAGAUAUUUUACUUGGUAUGUGACACCCACUCUGCGCACUUGACACUGGUAACAUCACAAAGCACUUUUGACCAUGUGUAUUGGUAUCAGACAACAUGAAAAUUGCAGGUUUGCUUGAGUUUGUGAAAUGUCUGCUUUUCUUUUGGCUCACUUUGAAAUCAAACAAUUUUGUUCAAAUAUUUGCCCCCAUGGUGGCACAACAAAUGGCAUUGAUGGUUUUAAUUAAGAUAUAUUGAUCAUUUUCUUGAAAGAGGAUGUGAAGUAUUCUUUAAAAUCCAGUUUACCGGGGUGCAUAAUUGCAUGUAAACUGCAUUGCUGAAUGUGGCCUAUUUCAUUCUAAUAAUCUGCCUUGAAUAGUUCUACCUUACAAUUUGCAAUACAUAUCUGCUUCUCUUUCUAUAAGGACAAUUUCCAAUUAAAAAAAUAUUUGGUCAGAAAAAGAUGUAGUUGUCUAUGGUUCUUAUUUGUACUACUAAAACUAAUUAUCUGUUCCCAAACUUCUAGUAUACUCUCUGUGUAAAUUUCUGUUCUAUUCCUACUACUAAUAAGGCAAGAUACUGAUACUGCCAUUCACAUUUGUAUGUCGCUAUUGCAGUUGGCUUAACCUAGGGCUCCGUGUUUAAAAUGGUUAAAAAACAACAAAAAAAGAGCUGUCUAGUUUGUUAGGAGUUGUACCAUAUGUGCGUGUGUCCCAUGAUGUUGUGCCUUCUGCCGUUUCACAGAGGAAAUGUAGAAUUUCUCUGAAAUGCUCAGAAGAUAAAACUUCCUGUUCUAAUUGGGCAAUUCCUGCUCAUGAGUUAAGUAAUUGAGAGCUAGUGUAGCUUUUCCUGAAUAAGGUCUUAGUGAGGCAUUUUCACAAUACUUGUAUCAUCGAGUACUAGUAUGAUAAUUUUGUGAAAAAUUCUGUAUUUCAGUUUUUGGUUUGCUGACAAGAAUAAUGGGUCCUCAAAUAGUUUCACCAGCUUUAGUUUGAUAUAGCCCAAAGGUCACAUUGCCACAAACAUUGAGUAUCAUACUUUGCUUCUGAUGAUGGAACCUUUGGAUGGAGAAAAUAGGUUUUGCCCAAAAUGAGUGGAAAUUACCAGACUAACUUGAGUGUUUGAUUAAGUAUAAAAUGUCAGAUUGAAUUGAAUAACUAAACUAAUCAAUCAGUGAGUUAAUUGAUUUUGACAUGCUUCUUGAAUUCAUUAUAAAGGAUGACUAACAAAGUCGAUAUUGAUUUUUUUUUGCAUUUAUUGUUUCCAGCCAAUUGUGCUUGGACCAUAUGGCUUGGACAUGAUGUGUAGAGAUAAUUAAGUGUUGCCACAUUUUCUCAGCAUCACAGUGAGUAAUUGCAUCAUCAAUGUUUACAUCAUAUUUCAUGUUUUGUCUUAUAUCCUGCGUUCGUGUCGGGAUAGAAAAUCCAUUUUCAUUUUCAUGUGGUUUUGCGAUGACAGAACUCACAAAUCAAGAAUUGUACAUAGUUCAGAAGAUUUUAGAGUCUAUUUUUGUUGAAGAGUAAAGUUUCACAAUGCCUCUCUAUUCAGUGGGUUGUCAGAGAGGUUACUUGUUUGUAUGACGGGGAGCCAACUUGGUGGGAGUACGAACACCCCGCCCUCACAUUGGGUAUCAGUUUCCAUAACAAUGCAUCAGAAUUUUUUUAAUAUUUUUGCCGUUCUUCUUGGCAUUUCAUAUAAAUAUGUAUAAUUUUCUCUGUUCUCACCUUAAUUAGGUAUCUUCCAUGAAAAUCAUUUGAUGAAUUUUAAUUGCCCGAUGAUGUAAUUUGAUUGAGGAGUGUUCGUGGGAAAGAUCCACUGAAAUUUAUUUUCUUUUGGGUAUUGAGAUCCGUAGUUUUUGAUAAUGUUUAAAAUUGUCGUAAAUUUCUUAUUAUGAUCAUGAUGAUAUCUCAUUAUCUGUCAUGUCUGUUCGUUGGUUUUAAUUUUUUCAAAAAUAUUUGCUGUUACGAAUUCAUGUUCUUAGUGUUGCACGCAAAGUGCUUGUUCAAAACCAUUUAAAAAAUGUCAUGUUUAUUGAGGACUUGCUUAAGUUCUGAUGCAUUUGAAUGGCUCUGAAAUAGUGGGGCCCCUGUCAUACAUUACAAGUGCAGGAUGGUGAAAGAAAGGUCUUGUUCGAUACUUGAAACAACUGAAGUGCACAAUGUAACAAUCAAUUCUCUUGCAAACAACUUCAAAUUUUUUGAGGCAGUUGCUUUUGUCUCUUGGGAAAAAAAACAUGUCUUGGUAAAACUAUUACUUUAAGUGUUUGUUACAAUUGGUAAACUUGACAAAAUGACCUAGUCAGACCUGAGGCCAUUUCAUUUCCUCUGAAGCCAAUUUUACUGGCAUUGAAAAAAAAUAUUCAUCAUGCAAAUUAUCGUCUCUGUGCCAAGUGCAGUGAGCGGUUGCCAGCAAACACAUUUGAAGCAAAUCCUAUGAAUUUAAAUUUUUAAAGCUUAUGCAUAAAUUUUUAAGAAUAUUUUGACACCUUAAUUUUCUGCUGAAAAGGAUUUUAUGAUGCUUUUGGUCAAAAAUGAAAGGAAGUGUCAUGUCAAUGAGUUGUUUUUCAAUUGUUUCAAAUAUCAUAUAAUGAUGGGUGAAAUCCUGUCAUCCUGCACAAUUUGGUGUCACAGGUUCAUGUAGUUCAGAUAUUGUAGCAUGUUCAAUCAUAGUAUUAGAGUGGUUACCAUGGUUACCGUGGGGUCGGUUAGUGCACCAACCUGGAUACAAUUUAACAAUAAAAUACAUUUUGUAUUUUGAAGUUGUUUUAAACCAAGGUGUGCAUCCUCGGUUAUUGUUCUAGAGUAUGUAAGUUUUGUUUAAAUAAUCGGAAGAGAAGACUGGAAAAUUUCCCCAACCUUGUUUCAUUUCUCUAUCCAACAAUUGGUGGGAAAGCUUUUGUUUGGCAAAUGUAUUUCAUGAAAUACACAUAUAUGUGACUUUUGUAAUUCAUAAAAAAACAUCUGUUUUACAUUGGGUCAUUCCAGUGUAUUUAGUGAAAACAUACUGAUUGACCAAUGUGUUUCAUGACAAACAUGGUUUUACAUCAGACCAAUUUCGUGAAAAACGCAACCUCCUCUGCAUUUUGCUAGCUUUUUGUGCAUCUUCAUAGCAAACUUGAUUUAAACAACUAUUUGAAAUAUCCUGGUAAUUGAAUUGUACCACUUUAUUUGUAUUUUUUUCUUGAAAACCAUAAUUUGUUGUGUUCUAGUUAUGUCAGCAGAUGAUAAGGCCAGUGAUUCUUGUGUGGUGUCUGUAAUACUAUUCCGUACAUUUCUAAAAAAUGAAAGGGAUACCUGCUAAUACAAUAUCGAAGGGAAAUUCUGACAUAGUGUUGCCCAUCUAAAGAUUGCCUAUCAACAUAACGUAUUUUGUUUCAUUUAGAAAUAUAUUGAGAAGGCAUAUGUUGUUAUUGGCAUUAACUGCAUUUGGUGGUAUCCUUGACAGUUUUGUGUAAAUGGGAAACGAUCGCCUACAGAUACAAAGUGAUGAUGUAGAAAGCUGCCACUGUUGAUUUAUAUACCUGUAUGGUAUGAUGCGUAAAAUCUGGAAUGAGGUUAAAAAUCGCAGUCAAAUAUUGUGACUUUGUCCUUCAGUUGUAAUGCUACAGCCUAUCCUUACAUACUGUAAAAUCACUUUGUUUGCAAGGGUAUCACAAUCUGAAAAAAAAAGAAAUGUAACACCUACAUAAGUACAAUGUAAGUGAUUUUUACAGUAUCGAAAAUAUUGUGAGAUGGUCUUUUAAGAAGUCAGUCAAAUAUUGUGACAUAGUCUUUACAUUGUACAUCCGAACUAAUGGCCUAUUGCUAUUGAUAUAGAGAUAUUGUGACUCGGUCUUUGGUCAUUUCAGAAUGUCAUAUUUGAGUACAUGCAACAUUGGAGUUGUAUUUUUUCUGGUAGAUUUUGUUUUUUCUUUUUGGUCACUCCUAAACUGACAGUUUGGUGCUUUUGGUAGAGUAUCUACAACCUGUGUGCACUGAAUCGAUCAAUGAAAAUAAAUGUCAAUGAAUGGCAAAUAA